AAUAAACCAAAACCCUCAACUCCCGCCGCAGGGUUUCUCUCCUCCGCACUCCGCAGCCGCUUUCACCCUUACAGAAAAGCUCGUAAGGAUCGAAGAGAGAGCCAUGGCGCAGUCACUGGAGCUAUUAUUGAUUCAAUUUCUGAUGCCUGACAAUGAUGCUAGAAGACAAGCUGAGGAUCAAAUAAAGCGUCUUGCAAAGGAUCCUCAGGUGGUUCCAUCACUGAUUCAUCAUCUCCGUACUGCCAAAACGCCUAAUGUUAGGCAGCUUGCGGCGGUACUUCUCCGUAAGAAGAUCACUGGUCACUGGGCUAAGCUAUCUCCUCAACACCGUCAGCUUGUGAAACAGUCCUUAAUUGAGAGCAUCACUAUGGAACACAGCCCUCCGGUGAGGCGAGCUAGUGCAAAUGUGAUUAGUAUUGUUGCAAAAUAUGCGGUUCCAGCUGGAGAGUGGUCAGAUUUGUUGCCAUAUUUGUUUCAGUGCAGUCAAAGUGCACAAGAAGAUCACAGAGAGGUGGCUUUAAUUCUUUUCAGUUCCUUGACUGAAACUAUUGGGAAUUCUUUUCAACCAUAUUUUGCUGAUUUGCAAUCAUUGCUGCUCAAGUGCCUUCAAGACGAAACAAGUAAUCGUGUCAGAGUUGCCGCUCUCAAGGCAGUUGGAUCUUUUCUAGAGUUCACUCAUGAUGAGGCAGAAGUGAUCAAGUUUCGAGAGUUUAUCCCUAGCAUUUUGAAUGUGUCAAGGCAGUGUCUUGCUUCAGGCGAUGAAGAUGUUGCUGUGCUUGCUUUUGAAAUAUUUGAUGAGCUAAUAGAAUCUCCGGCACCUCUACUUGGGGAUUCAGUUAAAGCAAUAGUUCAGUUUUCUCUUGAAGUUUGCUCAAGUCCAACUUUGGAGUCGAACACACGGCAUCAGGCUAUUCAAAUAAUCUCGUGGCUAGCAAAGUACAAGGCAAAUUCUCUUAAAAAGUACAAGCUAGUAACACCAAUUUUGCAAGUUAUGUGUCCAUUGCUUGCUGAGUCUACAGACAGGAAUGAAGAUGAUGAUCUUGCUCCAGACCGAGCUGCUGCAGAAGUAAUUGAUACCAUGGCUCUAAAUUUGUCUAAACAUGUGUUCCCACCUGUUCUUGAGUUUGCUUCUUUAAGCAGUCAAAGUCCAAAUGGGAAGUUUCGGGAAGCUUCGGUUACUUCUUUAGGUGUCAUAUCUGAGGGUUGUUUGGAACUUAUGAAGAACAAACUGGAACCUAUCCUACACAUUGUCUUGGGGUCUCUGAGAGAUCCUGAACAAAUGGUGAGAGGAGCUGCUUCAUUUGCCUUGGGCCAAUUUGCUGAGUAUCUGCAGCCUGAGAUAGUUUCUCACUAUGAAAGUGUCCUCCCAUGCAUUUUAAAUGCUGUAGAGGAUGUAUCUGAUGAAGUUAAGGAGAAGUCUUACUAUGCAUUGGCCGCAUUUUGUGAGAACAUGGGUGAAGAAAUUCUUCCUUUCCUGGAUCCUUUGAUGGGAAAAUUACUUGGUGCUCUCCAAAGUAGCCCUCGUAAUUUGCAGGAAACUUGCAUGUCUGCUAUUGGUUCAGUUGCAUCUGCUGCUGAACAAGCAUUUGUGCCCUAUGCUGAAAGAGUUCUAGAGUUGAUGAAAGUUUUCAUGGUGCUUACAAAUGAUGAAGACCUCCUUUCACGAGCUAGGGCUACUGAAUUGGUUGGGAUAGUUGCAAUGUCUGUUGGCAGGACAAGGAUGGAACCAGUUUUGCCGCCUUUCAUUGAAGCUGCAAUUUCAGGUUUUGGUUUGGAGUUUAGCGAGCUUCGGGAAUACACUCAUGGUUUCUUUAGCAAUAUAGCGGAAAUUUUAGAUGAAGGAUUUGCUCAGUACCUUCCACAUGUUGUUCCUCUGGCAUUCAACUCCUGCAACCUAGAUGAUGGUUCUGCUGUUGAUAUUGAUGAUUCCGAAGAAGAUGAAAAUGUUCAUGGAUUUGGCGGUGUGUCAUCAGAUGAUGAAGCACAUGAUGAACCUAGGGUUCGUAAUAUCAGUAUAAGAACUGGUGUAUUAGAUGAAAAGGCAGCUGCAACUCAAGCCCUUGGCUUAUUUGCUUUACAUACAAAGGGUUCUUAUGCACCUUACUUGGAAGAGUCAUUUAAGAUUUUAGUGAGGCAUUCUAGCUAUUUCCAUGAGGACGUUCGAAUGCAAGCCAUUAUUUCUCUCAAAUAUAUUUUGAUAGCUACACAAGCAGCAUUGCAAGGUCAUAAUGAGGGAAUGACAAAGACAAAAGAAGUUCUUGAUACUGUGAUGAAAAUUUAUAUAAAGACAAUGAUUGAAGAUGAUGACAAAGAAGUUGUUGCGCAAGCUUGUAUGGCUGUUGCUGACAUCGUGAAGGAUUUUGGUUACAUGGCUGUUGAGCCCUAUAUCACUGAGCUUGUUGAGGCAACUGUGGUUCUGUUACGAGAGCAGUCUGCGUGUCAGCUCGUAGAAUCAGAUAGUGAAGUUGAUGAUGACGACACUGAACAUGACGAAGUGCUAAUGGAUGCUGUUUCUGAUCUCCUCCCUGCAUUCGCGAAGGCCAUGGGCUCUCAUUUUGCUCCAAUCUUUUCAAAGCUGUUCGAACCUUUGAUGAAAUUUGCUAAAGCAUCGCGCCCAUCUCAAGAUCGGACCAUGGUCGUUGCAACCCUUGCAGAAGUGGCUCAACACAUGGGUGCUCCUAUUGGUGGCUAUAUUGAUACUGUGAUGUCCCUGGUACUUAAAGAAUUAGCUUCAGCGGAUGCUACAAACCGAAGGAAUGCAGCAUUUUGUGUUGGCGAGUUGUGCAAAAAUGGUGGUGAUGCUGCUUUGAAAUAUUAUGGAGAUGCCUUACGUGGCCUUUACCCAUUAUUUGGCGAAGCUGAGCCAGAUAAUGCAGUGAGAGACAAUGCUGCUGGUGCGGUGGCAAGGAUGAUAAUGGUUCAUCCAGAGACAAUCCCACUGAAUCAGGUGCUACCUGUUUUCUUGAAAGUUCUUCCUCUAAAAGAAGAUCAUGAAGAAUCCAUGGCAGUCUACAGUUGCAUAUGCAAUCUUGUUUUGUCAUCUAACUCUCAGAUCUUAACUUUGGUUCCGGAGUUGGUAAAUGUUUUUGCCCAGGUUGCCAUGUCACCUGUUGAAACCCCUGAAGUCAAGGCUCAUGUUGGAAGAGCAUUUUCUCACCUAAUUUCGAUUUAUGGUCAUCAAAUGCAGCCUCUUCUGAGUAAUCUUUCACCUGCACAUGCUAAUGCUCUCGCAACUAUUGCACCUCAGAGCUGACAUGUAAAGCGCCUUUGAGAAGAGCAAGUUUUAUAUAUUGUGUUCUUGUAAUAUUUAAUAUUAUCUUAUUCAUCGGACAUGCAUCCAUGGUGGAAGAGCAGCUAAUUAGGCUGAUCGCGUCCAGGCUUGCGUCGUUUUAUUUUUUGGUCAGGUGUCAAAGUUUUCCAUGGAGAUGCAAUAUCUUCCAUUUUGACAUAUUCUACAGAAGAGUUGUCUUUUCUUUCUACUUUCAGGGUGAUGUGAUGGAGGAGAAGGAGUGGGGUUUGUUAGCCAUUUUUGGAUUGUUUUAUUUAUUUGUUACCAAGUGUCAAAGAAAGAAACUAGGAAAAGAAAAGGCUGGUGGAAGUUAUGUUGUGUGAGGUUUAUUAUACAUAGUUGAAAAACUUCAGUGUGUAUAUCCACAAUUCUUUGAUGUUUAAGGUGGGGUUGCUGUAUAAUUUAUGACUUGCUAUUGUUUGGUACAAAAUUUUGUUAUAGUGAAUGUGUUCAAGUUAUAGGUCAAGUUUUUAAA